AUGUCGAACCCAAACGAUCUCCCCGUGAAUCCCGCCACUCCUACGGAAGAGGAGCUCGAAACGUUCAGGCGCCAAUGGCGAGAGGAAGUUUCGGCGCGUUCCAGGCAGAAUCAGCCCUCUUCUAGCGCUCCGCAACAUACCGCACACGCCACAUCGAGUAGACCACAACAUUCUCAGAGGCACAAAGCGCCACUGCCCUCUGACCGACCCAAAGAUGCGCACGCCGACGAAGCAGAACCGCAUGAAUAUCAUGAUCUAGGCGAGAAGCAGUUUGGCAGGAAGCUAGCCGAGCCAGCACCAGAAUCGGCCAAGGUGCCUGUAUCAGCGUUGGACCAUUAUGAAGAAGCGGUCAGGAGAGAGACGCAGGGCAACCUGGGCGACAGCGUAAAUCUGUACCGGAAGGCAUUCAAGUUAGACUCAGCGGUUCAAGACAUCUACAAGAAGAAACACUUUCCCGCCGCGUCUUUCCCGAAGCAGAAACCGACAAACGCGAACCCGUCGAAUGCGUCCGCCACGGUGCCCAACACUGCCCACCACUCACUAGCCGGCUUCUCUUCAAACAUAACCGACCUGGUUUCCUCAUUCGCUUCCUUAUCCAUCCCUGGAGAGGAGCCACCUACCAAUCUUUCGGCCCCACCACCAUGUCCCAUCGCCGAGCUUCCCGAAGAACUACUCGCCGACAUUUUGAUGUACGUUGCGGUGGAUGAUGUUGCACAGUUCGCUCGUCUCGCCCAGGUCUGCAAAAGAAUGGCGUAUCUCGUCAUGACAGAAGAUCGAGUAUGGCGUCGGGUUGCUCUUGGAGAUGAGUUUGGAUUUGCUUCUAUGCAUUAUAAAUGGGCCUGCAGAUUGGAUGGUAAACCGCUAGACGAUGAUGGCGAAGGCGGGCGCCUCCUCUCCAGCUAUACAGGAAUACCGGACCCCGAGGAGGAGGAAGAACGACAAGAAGCCGCCAGAAGGACCAAACUCAUUGAAUCAGCCCUGCACACGCUACCUCUCGUUCCCGACUCCUACCCGAGUUUCCGUAGCCUCUUCCGCUCUCGGCCUCGCGUUCGAUACAAUGGUUGCUACAUCAGCACUGUGAACUACACGAGACCCGGUGCGCAGCAGAGCAACACGUUGACCUGGGGGAUUCCGGUGCUCAUCGUAACGUAUUACCGUUACCUUCGCUUCUACCCCGACGGCACUUGCAUUUCCCUUCUGACUGUAGCUGAGCCACCUGACGUGGUCCCGCAUUUGAGCAAAGAAUACCUGCGCGGACAGAACGGAGCUCAUUCCCAUUCUGCCCUUCCGCAAGCAGUGAUGAAGGAUGCACUACCCGGUCGAUGGCGCUUAUCCGGUCCCGAACACCCAGUGGAUCCGAUGCUUUGGCCGUCGUCGUCUUCUUCUUCGUCUCCGUCCACCCCCGCGGAACCUGCCGCUGCGGCUGAAGCCUUACCAACCAGGACCUUGCAGGAGCCCCCGGCCUCUCUAGACUCAUCUCUUUCUCCCUCCGAGACAGAGGGUGUCCUGCACAUAGAGACUGAUGGUGUGACCCCGAAGUAUAUCUACCGCAUGUCUCUUGCAUUGAGCCAUGCAGGAAAGGGUGCACGUAACAACAAGCUUGCUUGGCAAGGCUACUGGAGCUACAACCGCCUUACGGAUGACUGGGGCGAGUUUGGCUUGAAGAAUGAUAAGCCCUUCUAUUGGAGCCGAGUGAAGAGCUGGGCUUAG